UGAGCCGCUGGUGGUUGACUCCGGGCCCACGCACAUAUCGUUGUCCUGGGGCAAGCCAGUAAGCGCCAACUCUGCGCCAGUUAUCGCCUAUAAGGUUGAGGCCUGGAUUGUGGGUCAUGAGGGUGGGGCCUAUUGGCGUGAGCUAGGUCUAACGCCCAUCAACUCCUUCGACGCUUUCAAUUUGAAGCCCAAUGUUGAGUAUCACUUCCGUGUGACGCCCAAGAACCGUUACGGCUGGGGCCCAGCUGUGCAGACUGGCAGUCCGCUGCAGGUGGGUGGCGUGGAGUGUCUCCCAGAGUUUGUGAAAAUCUUGCCAGGACAGUUAAAAGCGCUGCUUGGUUCCUCGUGUACGCUGCAGUGCAACAUGCGUGGUGCUCCGCGCCCGAAGAUCACCUGGUACAAGGAUGGCAUCCAGCUGAGCAGCAGCUCGGAGCAUGUCAAGGUGCGCCAAAUAGGCUCUACCUGUGCUCUGACCAUAUCCACAGUCUCAGAGCUCGACUCGGGUCGUUAUACUUGCGAGGCGACCAACUCCAAGGGGCGAGUCUCCACCUUUGCGCGCUUGCAGGUUGUCGCCGAUCCGCGUGUGUACGAGGCGGAUUCGCGGCUCAAGGAGAUUGCACAUGGAGCGCACCCAGCCGAGUUGGGGGAAUCGCUACCCAUCUUUACCAUGCGCCUGCGAGAUAGACGUGUGCAAGUGACCUAUCCGGUGCGUCUCACCUGCCAGGUCGUGGGCUAUCCCGCGCCCGAGGUUCUUUGGCUAAAGGAUGAGCAGCUCAUCACUGCGGACAGGCGUCAUCUCAUCACGGCGGAAGGGCAAUUCUAUACGCUGGAGAUUGCUGCCACAACUCUCGCAGACAGUGGCACUUACACCUGCACGGCCAAGAACGAGCUCGGCUCCGUGUCCUGUCACAGCUGUCUGGUCGUGGAUAAGGGCAUACGCGCCUAUAUAUCGCCUGACUUUUAUGUGCCGCUCGAUCCCUUCUAUUUGUUCCACGAGGGCGAUGAAAUCCGGUUGUCCACUAAGGUCGAGGCGUAUCCCACUGUCGGCGUCACCUGGCAUCGGAACGGCAUGCGUCUGCGUCCCAGUCGUCGGAUCUCCGCCAGCCUCGACGCCACUGGCUAUGUAGAGCUGGUCAUAGCCGAUGCAACGCCUCGCGAUGCGGGCAUCUAUGUUUGUGUGGCCUCCAAUGUGGUCGGAAAGGUGGAAACCAUUUGCCGUGUUGUUAUUGAAGAGCGCGAGCAGGAUACAACAACGCCUACCCGUGCUUUGGAAAUACCCAGCAUCAAAACCAGCGAUAUGCCCUAUUCCAAGGAACCGCUAUUUGUAGUCAAGCCACGCUCAAGUGAGGCUUAUGAGGGCGACAAUGUCAUUAUUUUCUGCGAAGUUGUUGGCGAUCCCAAGCCUGAUGUGGUCUGGCUGCGAGAUUUCCUUAAUCCUGAAUAUUAUAAGGACGCAACGCAUUUUCGACGCAUUGGCGACGGUCCGGAAUAUCGACUAGAGAUUCCGAGCGCCAAGUUGGAUUUCACCGGCACCUACUCUGUCAUAGCUAGCAAUUGUCAUGGAGAAGCCAAGGCUGUAAUUUCACUGCAAAUUUUCGCCAAAGAUAUACUGAAAGAAAAUCGCAUGGAUAAAGUUCACACACGACAUGGCAACAUUGAAACACUGCCGCGUUUUGUACGCAACCUGCGCAAUCUGCGCUGCUGCGACGGCGACGCCAUCUCACUGGAAUGCCAUGUGGAGGCCAUGCCAGAACCAUACAUAAUUUGGGAAAAGGAUGGUCACGUCAUACCUAGCGACAAAGACUACGUAAUGUCGUAUGAUGGCAUUAAAGCAACACUUAGCAUACCCAGGAUAUAUCCCGAGGAUGAGGGCGAGUACACCUGCGUGGCGAAGAACUCUGUGGGUCGUACGCUCUCCUCCGCCUGCAUCAUAGUGGAUGUUCCCGAGGAGAAGGAAAACAUGUUGAGCAGACAACUCUCCCGUCCAAGUGGGUUACUCUCGGCACACUCAACGCCGCGUUCGACACCACGAUCCACGCCCAAUCGCAGCUUCUCUCCCAUGCGACUCUCCUAUCGCAAUACCAGCAUUGAUCUACAGACAGGCAGCGUAGAGCGAAGCCGCAGCGACUCACGCUGUAUCUCUGCACCCAAAUUCCUAGCCAUUCCGUACAAUCGCGUUGUAGAGGAGGGCGACAGCGUGCGCUUCCAGUGCGCCAUUGGCGGUCAUCCUACACCCUGGGCCACCUGGGAUAAGGAUGGUCUUAUUGUCACACCCACUACGCGAAUUGCUGUAAAGGAAGUGGAUGACUUGCGAUUCAUUGAAAUUGAUGAGGUGGGCUUCGACGAUGCCGGUCUCUAUCGCAUUACGCUGGAGAAUGAUUUUGGACGUAUUGAGGCCACAGCACGCCUAGAUGUGAUCAGCAGUUCGCGCUACUCCAAGUCGCCCUCUGCACGUAGCGUGCGUGCCUCUUCCUCUCGACGCAAUGCCUAUCUAUACAGACGAAUCAUGGGCCCCUCCACAGCUAUUGGCGGUCGCAUGGCUUUGGCAAGCGGCUUUCGCGGCUCCUCAGUGCCUUCGGUGCGUUUCUAUCACAACAAUGUGGAGCUAGAGUCUACGGAGCGUAUACAUAUAGUACUUCAAGAGGAUGAGGCUAUGUUAUUUGUGGACAACGUCACCUGGGAGGACGAGGGCGUCUAUACUUGCAUUAUCAGCGGCGAUCAUGAUCCUCUUGUAAGCUCCAUUGAUGUCAAGUUUUAUGAGACAGCGGCGGACAUAAGGCACCGUCGCGCGGCUAUUACGGAGCCUUUGCCCGAAUUAUACCGCUCUGUGGAGGGUGAGGUCAUCGAUUUGUGUUGCAGCAUUGAGAGCAACGAGCCCUACAGCUACGUCUGGUUGCGCAAUGGCGAAAUUUUGAGCGACAGCGAGGAGUUCAACUACAUUGAUCAUGGCAAUGGUUGCCUUUGUCUCCGCAUCAACGACGCCUUUGACAUUGACUCGGGCAUUUACAGCUGUCAGGUGUACACUGAAUCUGACGCGGAUGACGACGGUGGCUGCGAUUGCAGCAGUAGCGGCGAAUUGUGCGUGCUGGAGCGCGAUCUCUCACGAGUGGAUGAAAGUGUGCAGUUGCUCAAGUCUCCGUUGCCCGUUGUUUGUGCGGCGGGCGGAGAGGCGCUCUUCUAUGCACGCGUAUUUCCCUGCCAAGCGGAUGCCGAGUGGUAUCUCAAUGGAAAACUCAUCGAGGGUGACUCACAAAACAUGACGUUGGAGUCUUAUCCGGAGAACGGCAUACGCUUGCUGCGUCUGCGUAACCUGCAAGUGUCCCAAUCCGGCGAGCUGCGUCUUCAGGUCAAGCAUCCGCAGUGCGAGCGACGUACGCCCGCCACACGUAACUACACCAGCCUGCUAGUGCUUCCACUCAACAACAACAACAACAACAACAACUGCAGCAGCAGUAGUAAUCUCAGCUACAACAAUAACAUCUGCAACAAUUCACCGCUGGCUGGAGGCAGCUGCAUUUUGAGGCGCCCUGAAGAUUGCACCGCUCUCAUUGGCGGCCUGGUUACACUGAGCGUGCACUAUGAGCCAUUCCCCAACACCAAAGUUAUAUGGUACAAGGCGUGUCGCGCCAUUGUCGAGGGCGCCAAUGUGACCAUCCGCACUACGGCCCAGCAAUCAACACUCUGCAUUACGGACAUCUCGGCAGAUGAUAGCGGAAAGUAUACGGCGGAAAUAAUGAAUGACUACGGUGUGGAAGCAGCUGCCGCCUCUGUGGCAGUCGAAGGACCCCCUGAGCCGCCCAGCGGCAAACCAAGCGUGUCCUUGGGACCAGAUCGCGUCGCUGUGGCCUGGUGUGGACCACCCUACGAUGGCGGCUGCAUGCUAACGGGCUUUAUUAUUGAGCUGCAGAGUUUCAAUCCAACGGACUGUGAUAGCGUCAAGGAUAACGCCAAGUGGCAGGAGGUAGCGCAUGUGGUGGACAGCUUGGCUUACACUAUUAAGGAUUUGCAGGCGCAAUUGCAAUAUAGAUUUCGCGUCCGAGCGGAAAACAUACACGGACGCAGUGCGGCCAGCCAGGUUAGCGAGCUGGUGCAACUACUUCCCAGAUCUGAGACAACGGUGGAUAGCAGCAGCCGAAAUACGGAUGUGGUGAGCGUUCAAGCUGGCGGAGAUUUUAAGGCGCGCUUUGAGAUCAUUGAGGAGCUGGGCAAGGGACGCUUCGGCAUUGUCUAUAAGGUGCAAGAGCGCGCACAGCCGCAACAGCAGCUGGCCGCCAAGGUGAUCAAGUGCAUCAAGGCCAGUGAUCGUCAGAAAGUGCUCGAAGAGAUUUGCAUAAUGCGUUCCCUGCAGCAUCCUAAGCUGCUGCAGUUGGCCGCCUCAUUCGAGAGUCCGCGUGAAAUUGUCAUGGUUAUGGAAUACAUUACGGGCGGCGAGCUGUUUGAGCGCGUGGUUGCGGAUGACUUCACCUUGACGGAGCUGGAUUGCAUAUUGUUUCUGCGUCAGGUGUGCGAGGGCGUGGCCUAUAUGCACAGCCAGAGUGUGGUGCAUCUGGAUCUAAAGCCGGAGAAUAUUAUGUGCCACACGCGCACCAGUCAUCAAAUCAAGAUUAUUGACUUUGGCCUGGCCCAGCGGCUGGAUACCAAAUCACCCGUGCGUGUGCUGUUCGGCACGCCGGAGUUUAUACCGCCAGAGAUUAUUAGCUAUGAGCCCAUUGACUUCAAGUCCGACAUGUGGAGCGUGGGCGUCAUAUGUUAUGUGCUACUCUCUGGUCUCUCACCCUUCAUGGGCGAUACGGAUGUGGAAACUUUUUCGAACAUAACACGUGCGGAUUACGACUUUGACGAUGAGGCUUUUGAUUGCGUUUCGCAGGAGGCCAAGGACUUUAUAUCGCAGCUGCUGGUACAUCGUAAGGAGUCACGCUUGACCGCCACGCAGUGUUUGGAGUCGAAGUGGCUGUGCCAGCGCCACGAUGAAAAUCUCAGCAACAACAAAAUCUGCACGGACAAGCUUAAGAAGUUUAUCAUUCGACGCAAAUGGCAGAAAACCGGCAAUGCCAUACGGGCGCUAGGACGCAUGGCCAAUUUGUCUGCCUCGCGAAGGAACUCGGCCAUAGCAAUGGGUCUUUUGAACAGUCCACGUCCCUCGAUCUCUGGGCUGAGUAUGCUGGGCAGCGCCAGUCAUAUGAACAGCUGUCAAAUGGCCUCACUGCAUGAGGAAGAGGAUGACUUUAGCGUGGACAUGCCCAGCGUGGAGAAACGUCGCAUGGCGUGUGCUUUGAAAUUACGCGACAAAUCACAAUGCAGCGAACGCAGCGACUCCGGCUACAGCGAGUGCUCCAAUGGUAGUUUGGGCACGCAGGAGACGCUGCUGUUAACGCUGGCCAAGUCAAAGCUGGAGCAGUUAGCCAAGGCUACCGCCGAGGAGACAGAGGAUAGCUCGAGCGCAAGCUUGCCCAGCUUGGAGCUGCCGUCUAAAGGGGAAACCAUCAUGGCAUCUGAUUUUACCAACACCAUCAAGAUGCGCAAGAAAUCUCUCGAGGACAGCUGUACGCGUGAGAAAACAAAAGCAACACAUGCCAAACUGCACUGCGAGUCGUCCAAGCUGAAGGUCUCUCAAUUGAAGCACAAGUUUCAGCAAUCUAAUGCAGCAGCAGCCUCGCUCCAAAAGCCGCCCGCCAAGCCUGCUUUAGAGCCACAAAAAAUCGCCAAGGUCGCGAGUGUGGGUCACAUCAGCAAACCAGCAACCGCCAGCGUCAGCGUCGGCAACCGCAAGCCAAAACCUACACAAACCCAAUCCAUGCCCAGCUCUCCGCUGCCUCAGCGCGCCGCAACGCCGACGCGGCUGAGCAGUCGCGUACUGGAGGCAACAGCACGCCUGGCACAGCAGCAUACGGUGGCCAGCGCACAACGACAGUCCGGCAGCAGUGGGAAUGGCAAUGGCAAUGGGAAUGGGAAUGGGAAUGGUACUGCAAGUGGCGUGCGCCCCGGACAGGAAUCACGAGCGCGUGCUCUCAUCAACAGAUUCAACGAAACGAAACAUAUCACGUCCUAGUUUUUUAUAUCUUUUAUUGCAAAAUAAUCUUAAUUGUUAUGUCUGCUUGUGCCCAAGCAGAAACUCUACGAAUGCACACACAGCGAAUGCGAACUAUUUAUAAUGCAAAUCCGAAUCCAUGAUUGCACCCCAACAAACUAGGCACCCACAAGCACUGCACUUAGGCUUAGUGAAAGCUACUUACUUAAAUUAUUGUAUCGAUUUACAUACACACAUACAUAUACCUACAUAUUUUACCAUACUAAUUAAAGUUAAUAUAACGAAAGACGUUGGCGUUGUUCAAUCGGUCAAAGCGGUCAAAACAAAAGUUUCAAGGGCACGAAUCCCUCAUGUUGUUAACUAUGCUAUGUUUUUAAAUAUUGCGAGCAAUUUUAAAAA